AUGUCUUCAAGCGGCAAUGGCGGUGCUCCUCCCGUAGGACAGGAGAACAUCAACACGGAUAUUGUCACCCUCACCCGCUUCCUCACGGAGGAGCAGGUCAAGGUUCCAGAAGCCACCGGUGACUUCACACUACUCUGCCACGCUCUUCAAUUUGCUUUCAAGUCUAUUGCCUACUACAUUCGUCGCGCUUCCUUGAUUAACCUGACUGGUUUGGCUGGUUCCUCAAACACGACUGGCGACGAUCAGAAGAAGCUUGACGUCAUCGGCAAUGAUAUAUUCAUCUCCGCCAUGAAGGGCUCCGGCAAGUGCCGUAUCCUUGUUUCCGAGGAGGAGGAAGAGGCUAUCAUCUUCGACGAGCACCCCAACGCCCGCUAUGCCGUGGUCUGUGACCCUAUUGACGGUUCCUCCAACCUUGACGCUGGCGUUUCGGUUGGUACCAUCUUCGGAAUCUUCAAGCUUCCCGAUGAGGUCCUCGGUCCCAACAACAAGGUCACUGCUCAGGACCUCCUUCGCCCCGGCACGGAGAUGGUUGCCUCUGGCUUCACCAUGUACGGUGCCUCCGCACAGCUGGUGAUCACCAUGCGCAACGGCGGUGUCAAUGGCUUCACCAUGGAGAACUCCCUGGGUGAAUUCAUCCUGACACACCCCAACAUGCAGCUUCCCGCCAAGCGGGCCAUCUACUCGGUCAACGAGGGUAACAGCAUGUACUGGGAUGACUGGGUGAACAAGUACCUCCACUCGCUGAAGUACCCCGGUGACGGCCAGAAGCCUUACAGCGCGCGUUAUAUUGGUAGCAUGGUGGCCGAUGCCUACCGGACUCUCCUCUACGGUGGUGUUUUCGCCUACCCGGCUGAUUCCAAGAGCCGCAAGGGCAAGCUGCGUAUCCUCUACGAGUGUGCCCCCAUGGCUAUGCUUUUCGAGAACGCAGGUGGUCUGGCAGUGAACUCCCAGAUGGAGCGUCUUCUGGAGGUGGUUCCGGAACACAUUCACGACCGGAGCGGUGUGUUCCUGGGCUCGAAGGACGAGGUACAGAAGAUUAUCGACACGUACAACCAGCACCACAAAUGA